AUGUUUUGUCUUCGCAGUUGGCUUCCGUUACUCUUUAUCCCGACAAACGCUUCUCCCGCCUUCAUAUUCCUCUUCUUCAUCUGCACCUACUUCCUCAACCGACCCUGCGUCUACUGCUCGAUCCUACUGCUUAUCCUCUUCCUGACCUCGUGCAACUGGUCCGACCGAUGUUUCUUCGACUUUAGUAGCAACUGGUUCCUACCUCGCCCCGUAACUCCGACCCAGAUACCGUCUGACGAGAUUGCCGAGGCCACCUUUAACUCGACUGCUUUCGAAAUGGUCAACACCACUAUCGCGGCAAUCGUGAAAUCUGCUAGCGAGGAUCUCGAAGCGAGGAGGGCCGAGUGGUCCGGGCUGGGGAUCGAAUGGCUCAGGAAUCUCCUGGGCAAGAGGGAGUGGAGGAUUGAUUGUAUGGAUAUCUAUAUUCGGCUAUAA